CUUUUUAUUACAUAUAUUUUUUUUUCCACCUCCGUAAAUGAAACAUUUAUUUUUACUAUUGAAAAUUGUUGUUUGUAUAGAACUAUCGAUAUUCCACAGAAUUAAUAAAAAAUACGAAACAAGAAAGAAACUUUCAUCCGAUUUGUUGUUAUUUAUAAUUGUUUGCGGAAGCGCACGCGCGAUUGGCAUAUUUAGGGGAGGCAGGCCGCGAGUCGGACCAUUCGCAUUUCAUCCCUUAACUCUGAAGGAGUUGCGAUACUCGCGGUGGUGUGGAAAAGCGCGCGCGCGUUCCUCCGAAUCUCGCGAUUCAGCAUUAUUAAUAAUACUUUGAAAAUAUACCGGAAGUGCUAGGAAAGUUGUCCUUCCGUUUAAGUUUUUGAAAGGACCAAGUGCUUUAAAAAAAAGUUUCCGAAGCAUUUCUAUAUUUUUUCUCACUGGGAUUUUACAAUCGCUGUACUUUGGCUCGGAAGAGAAAACAGAACUGCUGAAAUCCUACGCCGUAGAAUAACGAAGUGUUAAUAGAGAUCUAAAGAAAGAAACGGAAAGGAAGAGGAGAAGUGAAAAGUGUAAGUGAUGAUAGUGGUAUCUAGUGAACAAUGAGAAGUGCUUUAGUGUUAGCCCUCAUCGCGAUCGUUGCGUUCUGCGGUGGAAUAACCGCCCCCACGUGCGUCUGCGACCGGAGGGAAUGCGAAAUCGUCAACGAGGUCGACUGUCCGGGACUUGGAGUCGUCGUUUGGGAUCCAUGCGAAUGUUGUCAGGAAUGCGCCAGGACCGAGGGUGAGCCGUGCGGGGGUGAGCAGGGUUUCAGCGGAAGCUGCGAGCCCGGAUUGUCCUGCCAGCAGCCAGGACCUUCACCCUCCGAGGGCAUUUGCAGACCGAUCAUAUUUGAUGUUCCGGAAGAUACGUGAAAUUCACACAAAAGGAAUAUUGACGAAAAUGGGACCUUCUUUGCUAGGACCUAUUUUACCACGGCCUGU